CAACGGUCAUACGAGUAGUGGGUGCCUGCCGGUGUCCACGUCCAAGGUUCAGUUCCAGUUCAGUUCUGUGAAAGUUUUGUGAUUUUAUAAGAUGGCACCGACCACCAAAGUCGAAGAUCGCCUUGAGUCCGGACAUCGGCUGUCGCACCCGCCCCCCGGCGAUGAGGUCCUCAUUUCAGGAGUGUCCGGAUAUUUUCCGGAUUCCGACUCCGUUGUGGAACUGCAGGAGAACCUGUUUAACAAGGUGGACUUGAUCUCAGGCGACCCUCGCCGUUGGAAGCUAGCUCACCCCGAAAUUCCGCAGCGCACAGGCAAAAUCAACCACGUGAACAAGUUCGAUGCCUCGUUCUUCGGCGUCCAUUACAAGCAGGCCCACACUAUGGAUCCCAUGUGUAGGAUCCUGCUGGAGAAGGCGUAUGAAGCUGUCAUUGAUGCUGGUGUGAACCCCAAGGAGCUGAAGAACCAGAAGGUGGGCGUGUUCGUGGGAGCCUGCUUCUCCGAGUCCGAGAAAACGUGGUUCUACGAGAAAAUGCAGGUCAACGGGUUCGGCAUUACUGGUUGCUCCCGCGCUAUGUUGGCCAACCGCAUCUCCUAUUGGCUCGGCGUCACUGGUCCAUCUUACACCGUGGACUCCGCUUGCUCCAGUUCCCUCUACGCCUUAGAACACGCCUUCAGAGCCAUCAGAGAUGGUCACUGCGACUCUGCUAUCGUCGGCGGCUCGAACCUUUGCCUUCAUCCCUACGUCUCACUUCAGUUCUCCAGAUUGGGAGUGUUAUCACCCGACGGCCGUUGCAAGAGUUUUGACAACAGCGCCAACGGUUACGCGCGAUCGGAAGCCAUUGUUGUCGUCUUUCUACAAAAAGCCAAAGAUUCUAGAAGAGUAUACGCCCAACUGCUACACGCCAAGACAAACUGCGAUGGUUACAAAGAACAGGGCAUCACCUACCCCGCUGGGCAUAUCCAGAAGAUGUUGCUUCGGGAGUUCUACGAAGAGUGUUCAGUGCCCCCCCAGAGCAUGGAGUUCGUUGAGGCCCAUGGAACUGGUACCAAAGUCGGUGAUCCCGAAGAACUGGUCGCGAUAGACGAGAUUUUCUGCACUGGUCGGGACAAGCCACUCCUGAUCGGCUCCAUCAAGUCAAAUCUUGGACACAGCGAACCCGCUUCUGGCCUCUGCUCCGUUGCCAAGAUGUGCAUCGCCUACACCACCGGCUACAUCCCCCCUAACCUGAACUACCACACCCCCCGCGAGGGCGUCGAGGCUCUGGUGAACGGCCACCUUCAGGUGGUAACUGAGAAGCACCCGUGGAACAAGGGAAUGUGCUCUAUUAACAGCUUCGGAUUUGGUGGUGCCAACGCCCAUGUGCUGUUGAAGAAUGUGGCCAGGCCUAAGAUCAACAAUGGUCUACCAGAAGACGACCUGCCCCGUCUAGUCUGCGUAUCUGGCCGUACGGAGUCUGCCGUAGCCAAGAUCCUGGAUGACCUGGAGUCGAGGACGGUGGAUGCUGAGCAAGUCAGACUAUGGCACGCUAUCCAUGAUGAGGAUAUUGGUGGACACGUUGUUAGGGGAUAUACGUUGCUACGCUCGACCCCAACAAAGAGCCAGUCUAUGGCCCGCAGCAUGGAGUACUUCUCCGGCGUGAAGCGUCCCGUCUGGUUCGUGUAUUCCGGCAUGGGAUCCCAAUGGGCCGGUAUGGCCACUCAGCUGAUGAGGAUACCCAUAUUCGCUGCUGCUAUUCACAAAUGUCACAAAGCCCUCGAGCCCAAAGGCAUCAACCUGACCAGAAUAAUCACGGAGCCCGACCCAAAGAUCUACGAUAACAUCCUUCACUCGUUCAUCGGCAUCGCCGCUGUUCAGAUCGGUCUCACUGAUGUGCUGAAGUCUAUUGGCAUUGAACCUGAUCACAUCAUUGGUCACAGCGUCGGUGAGCUCGGCUGCGCAUACGCAGAUGGUUGUUUUACCGCGGAACAGAUGAUCCUGGCGGCUUAUUACCGCGGCAAGGCUUCCGUUGAGACUCCCUUCAUCAAGGGAUCCAUGGCUGCUGUCGGCCUUGGAUACAAGCAGAUGAAGACCAUGUGCCCCCACGAGAUCGAAGUGGCCUGCCGCAACGGCCCUGAGUCCAGCACGAUCUCCGGCCCUGCUGACGCCAUGAAAGAAUUCGUUGGAAAGCUGACUGCCAAAGGCAUCUUCGCCAAGGAAGUGCCUUGCUCCAACAUCGCGUAUCACUCCAGAUACAUCGCUGAGGCUGGUCCUACCCUCCUGAAGUACCUUAAGGAGGUGAUUCCCGACCCCAAACCUCGUUCGGAGAAGUGGGUGUCCACAUCAGUGCCACAGCAUUUCUGGAACGAUAAGAGGGCUGAGUUCUCCUCUGCUGAAUACCAUACCAACAAUCUUCUGAGUCCGGUCCUCUUCGAAGAAGCAUCCCGCCUGAUCCAUCCCAACGCUAUCACCAUUGAGAUUGCCCCCCAUGGUCUACUGCAAGCCAUCCUACGUCGCUCCUUGAAGAAGGACGUCGUUAAUGUACCACUCACGCAGAAGGGACAUGAAGAUAACGUCCAGGUCUUCCUUACUGCUUUGGGAAAACUGUACGAGGCCGGAUUGAACCCGCACCUAGCCGAAAUCUACCCGCACAUCCAGUUCCCAGUGUCCUUGGGGACUCCCAUGAUGGCUCAUUUAGUCGAGUGGGAGCACAGUGAAGACUGGUACGUGACGUCAUACAAGGCUCAAGAGAAGAUGAAGUCUGGAGAGCGAACCGUGAGGAUGUCAAUUGUGGAUGAGGAUAGCGAGUACAUGGCUGGACACGUUGUAGACGGACGAAACCUGUACCCCGCGACUGGCUACCUCGUCCUGGUAUGGGAGACCCUCGGUAUGAUGAUGGGAGAACUCUUCACCGAAGUAUCUGUAGUCUUCGAGAAUGUACGGUUCCAGAGAGCUACUAACAUCCCGAAGGAUGGAAACUUGGAGUUUAUCAUCAUGAUUCAGAAGGGCAGUGGUAACUUUGAGAUCGUUGAAAGUGGAGCAUCUAUCGUAACCGGCCGCAUUUACGCCCAGAAGGACGUAGGACAGAACUACAGAGUUUUACCAGCGGUGCCAGAACUCAGCGGUCCUAACAUCAAACAUAUGCUGACCAAGGACUUCUACAAGGAACUUAGGCUUAGAGGAUACCAAUACAGCGGUCUCUUCCGAGGAGUCAUCGGUUGCAACAUCGAAGGAACCCGCGGCCGUCUCGCCUGGGUUAACAACUGGGUAACAUUCAUGGACUGCAUGCUCCAACUGAAGAUCAUCGGACACGACACCCGUGGUCUUUUCGUCCCUACUAGGAUUGAGAGGCUUUCUAUUGACGCUUCGAUGCAUUACAACGCUAUUUCCAACAUGAACCCUGAGUCCACUAGGCAAUCGUUCGAGGUCCGAGUGUAUCCCGACGUAGGAGUCAUCAGGUCUGGUGGUGUAGAAAUUCGUGGCCUCCACGCCACUCCUAUUUCUAAGAGGAUACCACUUGGAGUACCUGUCCUUGAGAGGUAUGAGUUUGUCCCCAACUUCGGCAAGAGCAAGAUGAAGGUUGAAGACAUCUUAAGAGCCGACAUCCAAAUUAUCCUUGAAAACAUUCAGACCUUCAAAGUAAAGAGCAUUGAGUUGGUCGAUGAAGAGUACAAGAAUAACAGCUUGGAACCCUUAAUCACGCUAGUUGCUGAUGUCCUUGGUGACAUGCCGCUAAUGCAAGCGGAACUGCUGGUUAUUUCUGAAGAAACUUUGGAGAUGCCAAGCAACAUUACUGUUGAGAAUAAGAAGAUUUCAGGAGAAACGAACACGGUGCUGUUUGUAGGAGCUAACCUUUUGUCGAGGCCUGACACCCUUCAACAAGCCUCUUCAACUCUAAGAGACAAAUGCUUCAUCAUCAGCCGCGAAAAGGAACGUCCCAACCCCAAGGAAUACGCCGAGAAAUAUGACAUUAUCUCCAUCCACGAUACCGGCUGCGAAUACCUGGUCCUGUUCAGAAAGAGAGUCGGCGCCAAACCAGCCAAAUUCAUCAAGAUCCUCGCUGCUGAUGACACUUACUCCUGGAUCGAGCAAGUCAAAGAGGAACUCAAAGAAGGCCAGAAAGUGGUCCUUUACGGUCAAAAUGAGCAUAUCAACGGUCUUCUUGGUUUGGUUAACUGCUUGAGGAGAGAGCCGGGUGGUGAAAUUGUUUACGGCUUAUUGAUUUCUGAUCCUUCAGCUCCAGAGUUCAAUUCGGACUUGGAGCUGUAUGAAGAGCAGUUGGAUAAGGAUAUGGCUAUAAAUAUUUACCAAGAUGGUCAAUGGGGCACAUACCGCCACUUGCUCUUAGGAGACUUGGAGACGACCCGAGCUGAACAUGCCUUCGUGAACACCCUCACUAUUGGAGACUUAUCCUCGCUGCGAUGGCUCGAGGGGCCACUGAAGCAUGAUACCGUGUUUAAGGACAAUGAAAGAAUUUUGCUUCACGUAUACUGCGCAGCGUUGAACUUCCGUGACAUCAUGACAGCCACUGGGCGCGUGACGGUCGACGCUGUGGCCCGAGGCAGGCUUGCGCAGGAGUGCGUACAAGGGUUCGAGGUCGUCGGGAGAACUAGCAAUGGUUCUCGUGUCAUGGCUAUGGUGAAGAACAGCGGUAUGGCGAACUUGGUGGAAGGUGAUAGAGCGCUGAUGUGGAGCAUACCUGAUGACUGGACCUUUGAAGAGGCCGCCACUGUGCCGGUCGCUUACGGAACUGUAUAUUAUGCUAUGGUCAUGGUCGGACAGAUCCAACCUGGUGAAUCCAUCCUCAUCCACGCCGGCUCUGGAGGCGUAGGCCAGGCCGCCAUCAGCGUGGCACUCCACAAUGGCUGCGAGGUCUUCACCACCGUCGGAACUGCUGAGAAGAGGGCGUUUAUUAAGAAGCUGUUCCCUCAACUUAAAGAUAGCCAUAUUGGAAACUCCCGUGACACGUCCUUCGAAGACAUGAUCCGACGAGAGACCAACGGCAAGGGUGUCGACAUGGUUCUCAAUUCUUUGGCUGAUGAAAAACUGCAGGCCUCAGUACGUUGCCUCGGCUACCGUGGUCGGUUCCUCGAGAUCGGCAAGUUCGACAUCAGCCAGAACACUCCCAUCGGCAUGUACUUCUUCCUGAAGGAGACUUCCUUCCACGGCAUCAUGUUGGAUUACAUCUUCGACCAGAGCUUCGAGUUCAGGAGGAAACUGCAAGACCUCCUCAUUGCCGGUAUUGAGAGCGGAGCAGUACGUCCGUUGACAUACUGCACAUUUGAGAAGCACGAGAUCGAGACUGCCUUCCGUUACAUGGCCGCUGGCAAACAUAUUGGCAAGGUCAUAGUGAAGGUACGAGAAGAUGAACGAAGCCACAGGCCCGUGAAACCAGCGCCCUUGCUCGUUGACGCUGUGCCAAGAUACAUGUGCGAUGCAGAGAAGGUAUACGUGAUCAUCGGAGGCCUCGGAGGCUUCGGUCUUGAGCUGGCUGACUGGCUCAUCAUGCGUAAGGCUAGGAAGGUGCUGCUGACCUCACGCCGUGGCAUUACCAACGGCUACCAGGCUUCCAGACUUCGCGCAUGGGCAGGAUACGGAGCAGACAUCCAAAUCUCAACCCACGACGUCACCACCGAAGCUGGUUGCGAAGAGAUGCUCAAAAUGGCGUUGAAAAUGGGACCCGUGCAAGCAGUCUUCAAUCUUGCCGUCGUGCUCAAGGAUUCUAUCUUCCAAAAUCAGACCCCGGAGACUUUCAAGACUUCGUUCGCGCCUAAAGCCUUGGCGACGAUGCAUCUGGAUAAAUUGACGAAGAAACUAUGCCCAGAAUUGAAGGACUUCGUGGUAUUCUCCUCCGUAUCCUGCGGUCGCGGUAACGCCGGUCAGACUAACUAUGGUCUCUCCAACUCUGUCAUGGAGCGUAUCUGCGAAUGGAGAAGGAAGCUCGGUUUCCCCGCUCUUGCUGUUCAGUGGGGAGCUGUGGGCGAUGUGGGUCUUGUAGCUGACAUGCAAGACGAAGACAUGCAGCUCGAGAUCGGAGGAACCUUGCAGCAGAGGAUCUCGUCCUGUCUCCUGGCUUUGGACAAGUUCCUGAAGCAAGAUCAAACGUCCAUCGUGUCAUCCAUCGUGGUUGCCGAGAAGAAGGCUGGAGGAUCUGGUUGCGGCAACCUGGUGGACGCUAUUGCACAGAUAAUGGGCAUCAAGGACCUGAAGACAGUAUCUCAACAAGUGUCUCUGGCUGAGCUGGGCAUGGACAGUAUGAUGGCGGUAGAAAUCAAGCAGACCUUGGAGAGAGAGUUCGAGAUCUUCCUUACUGCUCAGGACAUCAGAACACUUACAUUUGCCAAGCUGGUAGAACUCACAGCACAACGCGAAGCAGAGUCCUCGACAACGGCCGCUCGUCCGAACACUGCUGACGGCGCGGCAGGUCUCAGGGUUCUGAUGAGGAACUUCGGUGAUGAACGAAUGGUUUCCGAACCCUUCAUCUACAUGCCGACGAUGGUCACUGAUGGCAAUGAGGGUCACGAAGCCAUCCACGAUACAGAGAACCCUCCAAUGUUCAUCCUUCCUGGCUUGGAAGGUGCUGCUUCAGUGAUGGAGCCUCUCUGCAAAAGACUGAAGUGCAAGGUCUGCGUACUGCAGUUGGGUGUUGAGCACCCUAAUGAAGAUAUUGAGGCUAUGGUCAACAGGCUGUACUUGACUGUGCGAACCCGGCUGGCCCCUGGAGGACCGUUCGUGCUACUCGGCUACAGUUUCGGCUGCCAGUUGAUGCUAGAGUUAGCUGCUAAGCUUGAGGCUGAAGGUCACAAAAACGGCCUGGUCUUCUGCGUGGACGGAGCUCCAGACUUCCUCCAAGCAAUUCUCACCACCGUCAUCUGCUUCAAGAGCGACGCCCAACUCCAGAACGCUCUCAUCUGCCAUACUAUGGACAUCGUCGCCCCCAACAAUGAUAUUUCCACAGCCUUAAUAGAAAAACUCAGCCAAGUCGAUACCAUCGAAGAGAAAAUCAAAACCGCAAUCGAAAUGUCCCCUGUGCAAGCCAGAUACACACCUAAAUUCAUUGCUUCUGUCGCCAAAGUUACUUACGACAGAGUCAAAGUUGUUCUCAAUUACAAUUCUAAGGAUGUCAAAAAGAUUCAGGCUCCUAUUGUACUUCUGCGUCCUAAAGAGAAUCUUCCUAACUUAGUAUGCGAUGAGAACUACGGUCUUGAUAAAUUCACGAAUAGCAAUGUCACUGUACAUUACUUGGAAGGUACUCAUGUUACUAUUAUUGAGAAUAAGGAUUGUGCAAAUAUUAUUAAUAAGGUUUUGAUCGAGAGGGACGGACAGACGGGCAAGCAGAUGCAGAGUGUUACUACCAUGAUCCAGAGCCACAGGCAAUUCAUUUGCAGUUAGAUUUAGUCUUUGGUUUGUAUUCUUUUCAUUUGUAUUUAUAUCGUCUUCUUCUUAAUUAGACAUUUUUGAAGAGAGUUUGUGUUUUUUGAUUGUAUUAAGUAAUUUAUUGCAAUUGGUAUUUUUAAUCACGAAAUUUCUUUAGUCGAUAAGUUUUUUAGUUAAAUAUUUAUUGUUUUUGGGGUUAAUUUAUAAUACUACCUUUUAUAAUAAGUGGCCAUUUUUUUAGUUAGUUUAUAAGAAAAUUUAAGUUAUUUUGUUCCUUUAGGUUAGCACAGUCCAAAGAGACGCCAGUACCAAAAAAUAUUCACUAAUUAGGACUUAUUUUUUAUUAUUGUUUUAAUAUUGGAAAAGGUGAAUUUUGAGGUGCAAUAAUUAGUAAGAGUUAUUUGGUGUUAAAGAAGGGAUUAUUAAAUUAAUUAAUAUAAUAAA